AUGCUGCUAUGGUGCAACCUGCCGUUCAAAUGCUUAAACUGCUACUUUGCUUAUGCGGAUGUACUUGCCAAGCUUCUGCUAAUUCCUGGACAAAUUCUAGCCUGUCACAGCUUACCGCUGCCAUGGACGCGCUGUAACCAGUCUCUACUUGUAGCCUAUCCGAAGCACAACUUGGUGAAGGAUAUUCGCACCGAGACGUCUGGGGACUACAGAGAUGCUCUGCUGCAGAUCCUUGAGGGGACGCUAGACGAACCCUCGGCGGUGAAGCUCAGGAGUGGCAAGUCUGAGUACGCAACGAAUUGGGCCCGACCCAACAGGAAUCACUACAGGGCCAAUAAUAAAGCUCCUCCACCGGAGUUAAAACGCGCGUACUUUGAAGGAUGUCCUGACGCAGUCAAGGCGAUGUACAUGCGCACCAUAAUUACCAGAUCACCCUGGCAGAUCUACGCCUUAGACCAGGCCUACUUGAAGACUUACGGCAGCUCCGUCACUAGUGCAAUAAAGAAGGGAACUACCGGCAGUUUCAAGCACUUUCUGCAAGCGCGUGUUACCUACGCCCUCGAUCGACCUACGUUCUACGCCAAACUGUUCCACUUCGCUAUCGCUGGACCGGGGACGAAGGAUGCCACACUGCAGCGAAUUCUCGCCUUGAGAGCCGACGUUGAUCUACAAAGCAUCAAGGAGCGGUAUGAAUUACUCUAUGGGGAGACCCUGUUGCAAGCUAUUUCGGAGGACACGUCGCGUGAAUAUCGUAAAUUGUGCAUACAAUUGGCCACCGAAUGCAAUAACGUCUAA